GGUCACUACGCAGGGUCAAUAUGACGUCAUCAAUCCCAUCACACCUUUGAAAGUUAUCGCCAUUUCCAGUUUGGGAAAGAAAAAAGUUAUCUUAAAUGAAUAGUGUAUUUGAUAUAUCUAAUUUAUAGGUCUAGAUCAAUUGUCCUUUCUUCAUAAUCUGUCAUCAUGUCCAAAGCCAAAACACAACAGCCUGCUGUUAUACACAAAGUUAUAAUGGUAGGCAGUGGUGGAGUUGGCAAGUCUGCAUUAACCCUACAGUUUAUGUAUGAUGAGUUUGUUGAAGACUAUGAGCCAACAAAAGCAGACUCGUAUAGAAAAAAGGUUGUGUUGGAUGGAGAGGAAGUCCAAAUAGAUAUUCUGGAUACUGCUGGCCAAGAAGAUUAUGCAGCUAUACGUGAUAAUUAUUUCAGGAGUGGAGAGGGUUUUCUAUGUGUAUUUUCUAUUAAAGAGCAAGAGUCUUUUCAAGCAACACAAGAUUUCAGGGAACAAAUUUUGCGAGUAAAAAACGAUGAAAACAUUCCUUUUUUACUUGUUGGUAAUAUGGUUGAUUUGGCUGAUCAACGCCAGGUUAGUGUAGAGGAGGCAACUAAAAGAGCUCAGGAAUGGAAAGUCAGUUAUGUUGAAACAUCUGCAAAAACCAGGGCAAAUGUAGAUAAGGUGUUUUAUGAUUUGAUGCGGGAAAUUCGCUCAAGGAAAAUGGAAGCAAGUCGACAAAGCAAUGGUAAAACAAAGAAGAAAAAGGACAGUACGAAAAAGAAAUGUGUCAUUUUAUAGACUCUAGAUAACAUGUUCAGAAACAGUUUUAGCCUAAUUCCUUUAAUCAUCAAGAAAAUGGAAUAAAACCUUUAUAUAUUUGACAUUUUGGAAGGUCUUGCUCAUCAAUCAAUGAAAUUUUUAAAACAAUUUUGGUCAAGUCAUUUUUUUUUCACCUGUUUAGUUAUUUAUGCACAUUUAAGAAAUGUAAUGUGUAAAAUAAAAAUACAAUGACUCAUUUAUUUAUUUUAUACUUUUUUGUUUUUAGGUCUAUACUCUUUAUUUCUGCAUGCCUGUGAAAUUGUAUUAGUUCAACCCAAUUGUGAUAAAUGAACCUGAGUCUUAUGUUUUGAUAUUUUUUUUGUAUGUGCUUCAUCUGUCACAGUUCCUUUCUGACCAUUGAGAAUAUGUCUGUGAUUAAAGUGACCUUUACUUAAACUUUUAUUUUAAAAAAUUUUUAGUUUAAGGGUAGGGACAAAUUAAUUGCUUCUGUCACUUACAUAAUUAACUUAGAUCAUUUAGAAAAUAUGCAAUCAUCAUAUAGUUUAGAAUGUUGUAAUUACAAUUUUUACUAUGUUUUUUUUUCUGUAUUGAAUUUCACAGUCCAAGUGGACAGCAGCUUGAUGUGGUAAUUACCUUAAUUAGUACUUUCUUUGAUACUUCAUUUCAUGUCUUUUUUUAUAUUGAUAUUUUAUAAAAAUGUAUUUUGGAUGUAUAUGUUCCUAUUGAAAUAACUGUACAGAUGUCUGCAUUUAACUUUGUACUUGUGUCCAUGUUAUUUGUUGACUAAGUAUCGUAAGCAACCAUUGAUACUCGGACAUCAUUUGUUGCUUUGAAUGGGUAAUGUUGUGUAGUACCUGAUUACUAUACCCGUUUGUUUUGUUUUUUAACUUCUUGAUUUUGUUUGUCUACAACAGUAUUAAGUGCACAUUAGUUUAAAACUACUGCCUGCUUGGGAGUGGGAGAAGGCAGACACAAGCAUUCAGCUGAAACUUUGGACAAGUUUUGCAUUUGAAGAAAAGAAAUGGUGUUCUGCUGUCAGAAUUGUGCCAUUUAAAAUCAACUGCAAUUACCAUUUUGAUAAGACUAUUAAUGACACACAGUUGUUGAUUUGAUUGCAAUAAUUUGAUAAAGAUUGCUUCUAGUUUACAAGUUCUUAUUUUUCUAAUGUAGCUAAAUGUUAUCCUACUGCAGGAAGGGUGUGCUUGAUUGAUAUCAAUACAUGUACAUAGAAGAAUAAACUUUGAAAACUACACCAUUGAAUGUCAUUUCUUGGUCAGCUGUAGCAUAAAUUAUGAACACUUUUCUUGUGGAAUAAUAUCCAUCACUGCUUAUGAAAUAUAUAGAGCUUUUUUACAAAAUGUUAUGUUGUGUCUCAGAUGCUUGAAUAUAUCUUGCAUUGGAUGUGUUAGCUUUAUGUAGGACAUUGUGAGCAUGGAGUCUUGAGCUGACUCUCAUUACCUUGAGAAUUGCUUCACUAUCAACAAAUGGUGAGCUGACUUAUUAAGUGAAAAGCAUUUAGUUUGUGUCUUAGGUUAUUUAUCUAUUUAUUCAAUAAAUUUCUUGAUAAAUGUAUC